CAAACCCGAUAGCCUCGCAGCUUUCUGGCAUCAAAUGGACGGGAGGAUUUGCUCAGUCGUCUUCAAGCACACGGAGGCCACUUGGACGGAUUCUGCGAUGAUCUUAAUGAGGAUCGCUGGGUCUUGAUACCAGUUGGUGAGGCGCUGGGCGUGUCCGACGCACGUACCGCUACGCGGACAGCGCUCGUGGCUGAGAUCUUCCCGCCUGCAAAACGGCCGCUCUCACCUGCGGGUCCUGACGGACCUGAACGCAAGAGGGUUUCCCGUAUGAACGCCCUGCGCGACUUGGAGGCACCGUCUUAUGCGGCGCGAAAUGCACUGCUAUUCGAUAGGCAGGUCCGAGAUAAUGGUGGCGCUAUCUGGAAUGGUCGCCCCUUGGGUCUGCUGGAGGCACCCAUUCGCAUCUACCAUCCUGCCUUUGCCCGCAUCCUCAGCUGCAUGGCCGCCCCUCUCGAGGACCACCGUUUCUCAUCCGAAGAACUUGAUACCGCGUCUUUUCUGAUCAACGCUUUGGCGCCAUAUUACAGGGACGAGGACGAGCGGAUUGUGGCAAUCAAAGGCUUGGAACUGUGUUCACCGCCGGGCCCCAAGGCCCUCCUGCUGCUGGCAGAAGUGAAGAACGGCAUAGGUGAAGGUGAUCGCGACGCAGUGAUGCUCGCCGCUUAUGAGUAUGUCGCUCUUGCGGUGUCGGACGAGCUUCAAGCGCCGAGAGAGAAGUCGUGCCUGCCUGCUCUUAUCCUCGCAAUCGUCGGCGAACACGUCGUCAUAUAUGGAGCCGUCCUCCUAGAUGGAAAACCAGUGGUGCAACGACUAACUAGCCUUGUCACUUUAGGUGCAACCGAGAACAUUCGCACACAUCCUCUCACCGGCAAUCCCGAUAGAAUUGAAUGUGGACGUUCCCGUAUUGACGAAGGGACUCUUCAUGCCGCUCGGGUACUCCGCGCUCUCCGGGACGGCGUUGAGGCACUUGAGCGGUAUUACUCUGCGUCGGCUUCGGCUCCCCUCCCGCCCCCAGGCACUCUCCGAUGCCAUCCCUACCUCACCACGCUCACCUCCGCUGAACACGGGACACUGGCCCUCCAGUACACCGCACGUCUGGCGGAAUUCGACGCUUCCAGGGCGGUCUUCAAGGCGCGCAUGACGGUCGGAGAGGCGGGCGAAAAAGUCGACGUCGCGGUCAAGUUCACGCAUUCGUAUCACCGGAGCGCACACGCGUUGCUCGCGGGCCUGUCUCCGCCGCUCGCGCCGAGGCUGUGGCACUGCGCGCGCGCGGAGGACGUCGGGAUGUGCGUCGUCGUGAUGGACUUUAUCGACUGCGCGGACAAGUGGCGGGCACGAGGGACCCAGGACGACGAGUACGUCGGGACGCUGCGGGCUGCGAUUGGGGCGCUGCAUGAGAGGGACUGGGUGUAUGGGGAUCUGCGGUUGUCGAAUGUAUUGCCCGCCGAGGACGGGAUCAAGUUGAUCGAUUUUGGGUGGUGCGGGAGUGUUGGGGAGGCGCGGUACCCGAGCGACGUCAACCUCAACCCCGGCGUUAUCGGGUGGCACCACGGGGUGCAGCGAGGAGGCCUGAUUGAGAAAGAGCACGACAGGCACAUGUUCAAGGUUGUCACAGGACGGGAGUUCUAACUGCCAUCCUCUUGCCUGUUGGGCCGUGUCCUGGCUGUCUGCGUAGUAUUGUGUCAUACGAGCGGAGGAGGCUUAUACGAAGAUCACUGAUUCCUUCUCACUCUUUGUGGCUCCUGAAGUUGUCGUGCUGCCGGGGAAAACGAGGAAAUUGAAUGAGAUUAGGAGGCGAUAGUGCACAACCCAAUGGAUAAUUGAGUUGAACAGACGGAAAACGGGUAUCAAGGUAUGUGCUAG